AUGAGUACCUCACCACCACGCGAGGUCGACGUAACCAUGGAGAAGAAAGAUCCUGGGCGUGAAGUAACUAUCUUUCUCGACUCUAACUCAUUAUUGCCAAUAAGACCCGAUGGUAUCACGGACGAACAAUUCAAGCAAAGAUUCGAGCGGCAUGCUGAGGGUUAUCCUCAGCUCGCGGCGGUCAUCAAUAGUGAUGAACAAUCCAUGAUUUAUCGACGUUUUGGCUUUUUGCAAACACGGCUUCUGCUCAAUAAACAAGAGGAAAUGCGAGUGUUGGAAGAUCGGCUCUACCAUAUAGAUCGGUAUUAUGGAAGGAACGAGCCAGCAAGGCUUCGUUCUCAUGAUACUUGCAAUGCUAUAGAUGAUGAUCACAAGAAUAUUGUGGUCGAAAUUGAAAAGAAAUACAAUGAAUAUGCUCAGCUUUUGACGCAUGCUCGAACCCUAGCAAGAUUUGAUAAACCCAGGGCAGCGGAUUAUCUGCAAUUAAAGGCCUACUUCAAAAGGAAAGCGCCUCUCUGUGGCGACAAGCAGCAAUAG